UCGAUGCGGUGCGUGCGCGGCGCUUGCGCAGGUGCGGCCGCGCGCGGGUUCGCAGAUGGAGCCUCCCCCCGGCGCCGCAGAAAAUUCUAAGCUGAGACAUGUAGAAAAAGAUGUUUUGAUUCCACAAAUAAUGAGGGAUCGAGCCAAGGAGCUGUGCUCAGAUAAGGUGCAAGCUUUUACUAAAUGCUGUCAAGAAACUGGUUUUCUUAUGGUGGUGAAGUGUCGGGAAGAGAACACAGCAUUGAAAGACUGCCUGGUUGGCUACUAUUCUGACCCAUCAUUCUAUGAAGAAUGCAAAGCAGAAUAUUUGAAGCAAAGAGAAGAAUACAGAGCAACUGGAAUUAGGAAAAAAAGACAGAAGGUUACUUCAAAUGUAUAAUUAAAACUUAAAAUGAACUUCUCACAUUUUAUAUGCAACUUGGAUUUUCAAUUGAUUUAAACAGACUUAAAUGAUCUGUACCCCUGCGUGGAGUUUACCUGAAAUACACAAAAUGAGAUGAAUGGAGAAUAAAAUAAUCUCUAAAAUUAAAUUUUAAAAUUUUCUGUAGUUAAAGAUCUAAAGUAUGCUGUCACAGCUUGUGAGAGAAGUUGCAAAGGUCUAUUCCUCUGUCUGGACUUGAGAUUUUGUUACCAGUUUGCAAAUCCAGAAUGUCCAUUUGGAAUUUAAAGCUUGUGUCUAGUUAUGUGAGGCAGACUACAUAAAAAACUUAAAUUAUUCACCCUUAAAUUGUAUUAACUGAUCACAAAUUGUGUACGCAUUGAAGCUGGUCUGUUAGUCAUCACCUGACACUGACUGUGUAUGGAGAUGCACUUACUAGAAGAGAAGGGUGGCAAAUGCAGAAGAGAAGAGCUGCUCAGAGCAGUGUGAAGUGUCUUUUUCAUGAGAACAUUGAGUCAUAUGAGAGCCUGGUAGUACUUGUGCCUACACUGUGACUCAUUUUUAAAUUACGUUGCCAUAAGGGAUGGAUGCCUUGUGUUUGUGAGUGGCCCAGGCUGACCACUUUGACUCUAGAGGAGAAAGUAACCUGAUCCAGACAUUCUUUGAGAACACUGAAUAAGCUACCACUCUUCAACAAGUGACCACGCUUGCAAAAUUAUUGCAGGUAUAGGUGAGUAAACAACGAAACUAAGCAUGUAAAAUGCAGGUCACUUCUUGCAGGAACUAAGUGCAAGGAAGUCCCUAAUUAAAAAGGAACUUACGAAAGAUCUUUCCUGUGUUGGUACUUGAAGCUGCUUACCUGCAGAACUCUCACAUGCAUAAAUGACUUCACUAGAGAUAGUAAUUCAAAGUUUCACGGGCUAUCUUGGGGUAUCCUUUGAGACAUUCUGACAUAAAAACAAAUUCUUUACAAGUAGGGAAAGGUUGCACUUAAACUUGGUAAUGCCCUGGUUUGAAAAAAAAAAAAAAAAAUUUCAGAGUAAGUAACAGGAUUUGAUACUUUUCCGUCAGAAGAUGCAAAAUUUGACUUAUUUUAAAAGUUUCACCACAAACACAAUAUUGCUCUAAAGCUAUUCAAGUAGAAAAUUCAAAUCAGACUUUGACAUGUGUAUGUGAAGGUCUUAACACUGCAAGUUAGUCCUUACCCUUUAUUCUGUGCCUUUUAUCAGUAAUAAUGUUGCUUCAGCAGAUUGGCUGGAGGACUAGGGAACACUUGUGAAUGAAAAACUGAAGAGAUGUGUAGCAUUCUGCCUUGUAAGGCAAACUUAGGUAGUACUCAGCUCUAAAACUAACCACCUGAAAAUAGUGUAUGUGGAACAGUGUCCUACAUGUGUACGUGCUCUUGUCUCCUUAGUUCAAGCAUUUUUGGAAAAAAAAAAAAAAAAGAUUCCAAAUCAGUUAGUGGAAAAUUAGUUGUUUUACUGUAUUUUAAAAAUGCGUAAACUUAAGGUAGAUAGUGAAAUGUGUUUUUAAAGAUAGUGCCAGUUCUGGUAUGCCAUUAUGAAAAUCUGCUAUAUUUUUAACCUCUGGAAACUUAACCUGGGUAUUUGUAACUGUUGUCAAAAGCCUUUCCAAAGAGGAUUUGUGUGGGAGCAAGCAUUCCCUUAGGGGCAAUGCUGUGUGCUGCCAGUGGUAUGUGUCUGCACUGAGGGCUUACCUGGGCCAUCCUCAGGUUCCCAGCAGAGCUGCUGAUCAGGCACAGCAUCGGCAAUGGGGGUCUCCUUCUCUGUCUCAUCAGAAAGCAUCUUCAGCCAGUGCAGUGACCGGUACUGCAGGGGAGGAAUUAGUGCCUGGAGAGGAACAAAGCCCAGGGUGGAACCUGCAGGUAUUGCUCCCCCACCCUUGACAUGCUGUAUGUGAAUGACAGCCACAACUCACUUCUGCACGGAUAACUAAACCCUGCUCUAAAGCCUGAAAUCCCAUCUGCUGGAUGGUGCUGUCAGCCAAUUACUUCCCGUUACCUACACUGUUGUGUGGGUAAGAAAGGACUGGGUUAUUGUAGCUCCUCCUCUGUUUGCCCUGGGAUGCACUCAGAGCUGGGAUUUGCCCUCGGCUCUGGCAUCAGCUUCCUCUGUAACACAUCCAUGGCCUUAAUGUGACGUUCCCUAGUUCUGAAUUCUUGAUUUCACACCUUUUGCUUUCUUAGUGUCUUGUGCAAUAUCCUGUACUUUAAUUGCAUUUACAUCUUUUAUUUAAGGUUUAAAUGAAAGAAUGAGUACUGUGAAGUGACAAACUCAUACUAGUAAAUUCCUUUUGGGUUUG